GUUACGAAAACACAUAGAAUCUACUUUAUAAGUGAGUUAUAGAUUAUAAAAUAUUAGUGAGUAUAGUGUAAAUCAAAAUAUAGUGUUUAGAAAAUUAGUUAACUACCACUUACCUAAAGUUUGAGUGAAUUUAACUAUGCAAUAGGUUUAUAAGGGGAAAAUACGCUUAAAAUGGAUUCACCAAAAAUUGUUUACAAAUACUAUUCAAACCCGGCAUUUUGCUCACAAAGCGAGAUAGUUUUCGCGCAAAAAUCAUGCAUGACCAAAAUAGUAACACCGGAACGACAGCGAAUGCCGCCUUUGGGAGCAAACUCACCAAGAAAAAUGGAAAUAUCCAACCGAAUUUUGAGGACAGAUAUUUCUGACAAUCCUUUGCGAAUGACGCCGGCCGGUAAAUACAAAGACGAACCUCCAGAAUUGCCACCAAAGCCUCCGAAGUUCCAACACAGGACCUUCCACCGACAGUCGUCUUUGAUUUACAAACCAACACGCACAGUCAGGUGCCGAACCAGGAGCGAGGAUUUAGAGAUGGCACAGUUCAAACAGAAGAAGAUGCUGUACGACAGAAGCCUCGAUAUCGACGACUUAGAAGAGAACAGAGCGAAGCAUAGAUAUGAAAUUAUUCAAGAUCUGGAAGAUGUAGAUUAUUCACCAACAAAAAAGAGGAUCGUGGAAGCAGAUGCCUCAGAAAUAGAGGAAUACAAUGUUGACGGGCCAGGGGAUAAUGAACUUAAGGAGAUCCCGACUGAAAUUGUCAAAACAGUGAAUGGUAAAAUGCAUAGAUACGCGAUCGUUCCGUCCGACGACGAAGAACCGAGGAAAUGCAACGUUACCUUCACAUCGCCGAAUAUGCCGACAAAAAAUAAUAUUGCGACGCAAAAGUUGCACGAGCUGUUGUCUACUCCAAGGAAAUUGAAGAGUUACGCGUCACAGCCGUCCGUCCGCAUGACGCCGAACAAAAGCUUGGAACCCAGAUACGUAGCAACGCCUCAGAAGAUGGUUUCAAGUACCCCAACUCAUGGAGUAACUCCGUCGAAGUCUUGCGCGAAUUUGACUCUCUCGAGAAGUACCGCGACGUCUCCUAUAUCGCCAAAAGCGCAGCAGAAAUUGAACUACGGCCUGCCAGAUGAUUUUGAAAGACCUGACGUAUUUGUGACGAGCGUUCGCGAGAAGAGUCGGGACAGUUUCGAAAGGGAUGCGAGCAGAGAGAGCAGGAGAGACCGGAGUGUGAGAAGAGAUAAAACUACGGCUGUUAUUGUACCCAGGGUUGCGCCUCCUCCGUCCACGUAUUCCGACGAAUCCUACAAGUCUUUGUCUAUUAUAAAGAACCCAGCAAGCGCGUCAUUGACCAUCGCCACCUUGAUGCUGACUUUAUGUGGAGCGCUUAGCACCGGGCUGAGUUUCUACAUGAUGUAUGCUAUCGGCCGACGUUACUACCUAGAUUUCAGUGUGCUAGCCGGUUUCACCAGCUUCCUUCUAGGCAUGCUGGGAUUCAGGUCGAAGAGACAAAGACUACUGCCCAAUAGGAAUUAUGUUUCUGGUUACAUAGUGCUGUCAUCAUUCUCCCUGCUCAGUGCAUUUGGACUUCUCCUACUCUUGUCCAUGCAGCCAAGACCGGGUACAGCCCUCAACGACAUCACAUCCGCAGCGGUCUGCUGUGUGAGUGUGCUGUCCCUCGGCGUGGCGUCUAUAGGAGCUGUCGCGUCUUACUGUUGCGUUACAGACCCUCCGGACAAUCGGGUCGCAAGUGUCCAUUACUAGGGAAGUGUCCGUUACAGGUGAUAGGAGCGUGAUGUGGGAAGGAUGACAUGUAAGUGAGAUAAUAAAUUAUAUAGCAUAGUUUUAGGUAAUUAAAUGCUGAAUCUUGAGCAAUUAAAUUGUCUAUAAACUGCUUUUAACUGUCUCAAAUAUAAAUUUUGUAAGUUUUGAUGACAAUGUUUUUCAGACGUCAGUAAAAUAAUUAUUAUUAUCUAAAUUAUAAUAUACCAAAUUACCAAUUUUAUAAUCAUUAUGAACGAUUUAACGACCCAUCUAUUUACAAUAAAAAAUAUUUAUUGCGGGCAUGUGUCCCUAUGUAUAACUCGAGAUUUACCGUGUUGCAAGGAUAACAAUACAGUGUUUUAGACAAAAUUAUAUUGUACAAAAUAACUUAACGUAGGAGGUGGAAGUAAAAAAAAAGCUUCCGGAUUUGUAAUUUAGGUUACAUUAUUGGGGAUUUCCGGCAACUGUAUGCAAUUGAGUACCUAUUCUACGGUAAUAAGACGAAUAAUUACUUGGUAAUAUACCGUCAACGUCGAUCUUAUUACCUUGAUGGUAGAAUAUGACAGAUUACGACGCAUCAUACGUGAGAGAGACUUAAUUACGAGCUGAUAAUUAUAGGCCAAAGUCAGCCUAAUACUGUAUUUAUAUAAGUAUUAACUACGCGUCCAUAGCAUUAUUGUAAAUUGUUUUCAAAUCAAGAACAAAGAAAUAAAGAGACUACAAUAUAGAAAACAAUGUAUUAUGAUAAUUUUUAAAGCAUAAUAUUAUUAAUUUUGUGUACGAUAUUAAUUUAUAUUUCGAUUAAAAUAAAAUUUAAUUUGAUUGCAAAAUGCCAAAAAUUGUACUUAUUUCAUAAUAAUGGGUGUAUUUUAUUCGAUUGUUGGAGAUUAAAUAAAGUUUUAUGAAUUUUA